UUUGGACUUUGCUCUGGUCAUGGAGUGCAAUAAAGAAGAGGCUGUCAGGGCCAAGGACAUUGCAGAGAACAAGAUGAAGAAUAACGAUUUUGUAGGGGCUCGUAAAUUUGCACUCAAGGCCCAGCAACUUUAUGGUGAUUUGGAGAAUAUUUCUCAGAUGAUAAUGGUUUGUGAUGUACAUUGUUCUGCUGAGAAGAAACUGUUUGGGAAUGAGAUGGACUGGUAUGGUAUCCUUCAGAUUGAGCAGACCGUCGAUGAAGCAACAAUCAAGAAGCAGUACAGGAAGUUUGCUCUCCAACUUCAUCCUGAUAAAAAUAAGUUCCCUGGUGCAGAAACUGCCUUUAAAAUGAUUGGAGAAGCACAAAGAGUGCUUUUGGAUCCAGGUAAACGGUCAAUGCAUGACAUGAGACGCAGACCGACCAUCAGUAGACCGGCACCACCACCACAACCAUAUCAGCCCCCGCGGAAGCCAGCUUGGUACCCGACUGUAGGGGGUCACAACAACAUUAGAAGUAACUUUACCCAACACCAGAAACCACAACAACCAGUUCAACCAGGCAAUUACAGUGGCACCCAAACAUUCUGGACUAUGUGUCCAUUUUGUACAGUUCGGUACCAGUAUUAUAGAAGUGUUAUCAAUAGAUCCAUCGUUUGUCAAACUUGCACUAAGCCUUUUGUUGCAUAUGAAAGGGGUGAACAAGGUGUGCCCAUGACAACUAACUUGCAUCAGCCAGCAUUCCGACCACAGAAAGAGGUCCCAAGUCAGGGUGCUUUUAAGGUAGAACAAGUAUUUAAGGGGAAUUUUACUGCUAAUAGUUCUAAAACAGCAUUUUCUCAGAAGACUGGCUGCCCUCCUGGAGAGGUUGGCAAGGAAAAGGUGAAUGGUAAGAGAGGAAGGAAGCAGGUAGUGGAAUCCAGUUCAAGUUGUGACUCUGAAAGCAGCAGUGACUCUGAAGUAGAUAUGACUAUGGAUGGCAAUGGUGAUUUCCAGGGUGGAAAGAAUUCUGGGAGUUAUAGAGAUCGGUAUCCACGCAGAUCUAGUCGGAGUAAGCAGCAGGUUUCUUAUAAUGAGAAUUUGAGUGAUGAUGAUAACUUUGUGAUGCAUCCAAAAAGGGCUAAGGGGAGUGGAUCAUCCUGUGGUACAGAAGAGGGGAGUGGAGAUGGAUUGAAAGAGGCACCUAAAAUGAAUAAGCCAUCUGUUUCAGCUUCUGCUGUGAAAGAAGAACAGAGAGCACAGAAAAUAAGUGCAUGUUUUGACCAGAGCUUACCGAAUGGAAACAAGGAAACUGGGAAGGUGAGUGUAAAAGAAAAGGUGGUAGAUGAUGGCUGUCAGAAAACUUCUGGAGCUCAUGCUGAUGGCAUUAAGAAAAGUGUUGAAACUAUUGAUGACUCUACGUCAAAUUCCAGCUCUGAUAGUGUACUAGAUCCAGAACUUUAUGUUUAUCCUGAUCCAGAUUUCCAUGACUUUGAUACAGACAGGAAAGAAGAGCAUUUCAAGGUAGACCAGAUAUGGGCAGUUUAUGACACUCUUGAUGCCAUGCCUAGAUUCUAUGCUCGGAUCAGAAAAGUUUUUCCUUCUGGGUUCAAGUUGCGAAUAACCUGGCUAGAACCAGAUCCAGAUGAUAAGAAUGAAAUCGAAUGGGUCAAUAAUGGCUUGCCAGUUUGUUGUGGUAAAUAUAAGCUUGGGUCUUCUGAAAAUACUGAAGAUCGUCUUAUGUUCUCUCAUCUUGUGUCCUGGGAAAAAGGAAGACAGAGAGAUACUUACAAGGUAUUUCCUAAAAAGGGAGAAACUUGGGCCCUGUUCAGGGACUGGGAUUUUAACUGGAAAUCGGAACCAGAUACUAAGAAGCAGUUUGAAUUUGAAUUUGUUGAAAUCCUGUCAGACUAUGUUGAGGGUGUGGGUGUUUGUGUUGCAAACUUGGCUAAGGUGAAAGGCUUUUCAUCUGUGUUUUGUAGAAGGAGUAAGGAAGAAUCAGGCUCAUUUCAGAUUCAACCAGGUGAACUUUUUAGGUUCUCCCACAAGGUGCCAUCCUUUACACUGUCUGGUGAGGAAAGAGAAGGUGUGCUGAAAGGGUCAUUUGAACUUGAUCCAGCUUCUUUGCCUCUUAACCUUGAAGAGAUUGCUCUUCCUGAAAUUUUGAAAGCAGAUGCUGGUGUUACUUUUUCCAAUUGUUCAUUGGGAUCUUCAAAUGAAGAAAAACUUGUGAUGGGGCUUAAAGAACAGACAUCUUCGCACCAGGCUGAAGUGAAGGAAACCCAUGUAGAGCCUGAGAAUGAUAAUUUGGCUGAUGAUAUUGAAGAUUGUAGUGCGGCUGAAGUGAAGGAGACCCAUGUAAAACCUGAGAAUGAUAAUUUGGCUGGUGGUAUUGAAGAUUGCAAUGUGGCUGAAGUGAAGGAGACCCAUGUAGAACCUGAGAAUGAUAAUUUGGCUGGUGGUAUUGAAGAUUGUAAUGUGGCUGAAGUGAAGGAGACCCAUGUAGAACCUGAGAAUGAUAUUGAAGAUUGUAGUGCUCGUCCAGCUUCAAUCCCUGAGGAAAUUGAAAUUCCAGAACCGGAAUUCUACAAUUUUGAUGCUGAGAAAUCCGAAGAUAAGUUGCAGGUUGGUCAGAUCUGGUCAUUGUACAGUGAUGAGGAUGGCUUGCCAAAGUACUAUGGUGAAAUUGUAAAAAUUGAGUCUGAUCCAGUUCUUAAAUUGCAUUUGAGGUGGCUUGUUUCCUGCUCACUGCCAAGCAACUGUAUUCGGUGGCUUGAUGAAGACAUGCCCAUUUGUUGUGGAAGAUUCAAGAUUAAAAAGGGUGAAAUCCAAAAGUACAAUACCACCUGUUCUUUGUCGCAUCAAGUAAAAGCAGAACGUACUGGUAAGAAGAAUGAAUACACCAUUUCCCCUAGAAAAGGUGAGGUAUGGGCCCUGUAUAAGGAUUGGAAUGCCAAAAUUAAAUGCUCUGACUUGGAGAAUUGUGAAUAUGAUAUCGUUGAAAUCCAAAAGGCAAAUGACUUGCGGAUAGAAGUCUUAUUCUUAGAGCGUGUAGAUGGUUUCAAAUCAGUUUUUCGGCCUCAAGUAAUAGGAGCAUCAGCCAUGACUAUGGAUAUACCCAUGAUUGAACUGCUUAGGUUCUCCCAUCAAAUUCCUGUUUUCCAGCUGACUGACGAAAGAGAUGGCAGCCUGAGAGGCUUCUGGGAACUUGAUCCUGCUGCUUUGCCGGUGCAUUACUUUUUGUCUUAAAUAAUGUAGUGGCAACUUAUGACAACGCUUAAGUUCAUCUACAGUGGUGCUUGAGAUUACAUUAACUCCCAGAAUGAUAUUUUAUUUUGGGUGAAAUUGCUCAACUGUGGUAUACUUGGAUGGUAGCUCUUAAAGGUGCAUGAAAUGGCUGGACUAGAUGGAAGUUUCCUGCUUUUGUGGUUUUCUUUGGCUCCACUGAAGUGCUUCUGGGAGAAAAUGUUGUGCUGCAAAUCACUGACAGGCUGCUUUCUAUGUUAACCAUGAAAAAGUGAAUCUCUUAACUUCUGGAAGUUAUUUUUAUUUGGAUUUUUAAGUGCAGACUUUUUGAAUUUGUAGAUCCUUUAAGUAGCCUUUUUCUUUUGGUUGUAGAAAUCUCAUAUUAGAAGCAUAUAUCCACAUGCUUCAUUUUGUAGUUGUUAACUUAAGAGCAUUAAUUGUCAGUUUCAGGAUGUUUAAGUUACCAUCAU